AUGGAAAUGAUUUACAAGAGAUCCAAACAAGCGUAUGAAAGGAUAAUGGACGAAGAGAUGAUUGUACUGAAAGAGAGGAGUGAACAGUUACACCUAGAACUUGACAGAAGGGUAAGAGCAGUGGAAACUGUGGGUCGGGACAGAUUUGACGUUCCAGAGUCUAGUGGGGCUAGGACAAAUAUUAUUGAGGAGGUCGUUCCCGUAGUAAACCCAAACUCAGUGUUACUAAUAAACUUCAACGAGUUGGAUUUCGAGGAGGAUCCCGAGGAGGAUCUAGAAGAGGACCCGGAGGAGGACCCCGAUGAGGACCCAGAAGAAGAAUUUGAGGAGGAUUUCGAGGAAAAUUUUGAUGAGGAACAGGAAGAAAUUAUGGAGGAAGAUUUCUUAGGAGUGGUAGAAGAACCUUAUGAGGAUAACUUGGGAGAUGGAUAUAAUGCUGAUGAGGAGGGGGGAAUAGUUGAUAGAGAUGAAAUUAUGAGCGAUACUGAUAGCGAGGUAGUUAUUCUAGGGGGUUGGCCGGUGAGGCGAGAAGAUCUCAUGAGUGAGAAAGAAAGUGAGAUAAUUAUGUGGGAGGAAGAACCACCUAAACCAAUAAUUGUAGAACUUUCUGAUUCCGAAAAAGGUUUCCAUUCUGGUCAAAACAGCAAGAGUGGAGGAAAUUCGAGACUAGAGGUUAGAAAGCAGAAGCCUUUGUAUGAUCGCAAUGGGAAGGAAAGAAUCUACAACUGUAGGAGGUGCUAG